CCUUCCCUACAUUGCUGGCAACUUUGAUAAUCACAGCUCAGGAACUCCUGGAACUGGUGAGUGUGUGCAUUUACUCUGCUCUCUUUUUACAGCCAAAAAAAAAAAAAAAAAAAUGUAAAGAAAGAAUAAGACUGCCGAGACUGCAAAUGUAUUUGAUAACAGGGCAUUGUGUGCUUUUCCUCUGCCCUGCUCAUGGAGGGGUCCAAUGUGAGUGCAUUUGUACAGACGGUGACAUCAUUACAGGAUCUAGACAGCGCUGAAGCAGCCAGGCUGGCAGCAGGCUGUGCUUCCCUUGAAGAGCCCUCCCGUAACACACAGCUACAGACUCCUACAGCUGAAGAUACAAGUGUUUUGAUUUUUACCUCUUCAGGGAGUAUCAUCGGACAUGGAUGGUUUCCAAACAAUCCUGAAAUUCUUUAUAAACCGGAGAACUGCUAUUGGUUACAGUUUUAUGGCUCUGCUGACGCUGGGAAGUGAACGUGUAUUUUCUCUUGUUGCUUUCAGAUGUCCCUGCAGCAAUGAAAACUUCAGGUAUGGUUUAGUAUUUCUCUUCUCCCCAGCUUUUGUUUUGCUGAUCAUUGGAUAUUUCUUGAACAGCAAGACCUGGAAGCUCUUCACAGGCUGCUGGGUGAACCCCAGAAAAAUAUUUCCCAAAGGGAAUAUCUGUCAUUUCUUCUACAUCUUUGGACAGAUCACUUUAAAUGCUCUGGUAGCCCCAGUGAUGUGGCUUUCUGUGGCUUUGCUCAAUGGGACUUUUUAUGAAUGUGCCAUGAGUGGCUUGAGAAAUCCUGCCUACUUAGAUUCCAUUUGCCGCAACAAAUCUGUGAAGUGCUUUGAGGAGCUGCACAAGGUGGCCUGUGGCAAAAGCACCAUGCCCUUUUCGGAGAGCGAGGAACUCAAGCUAACUCUUCAGGCACAGUCACAGAUUUUAGGCUGGUGUGUGAUAGUGACUAUGGCCGUUCUCUCCCUGCUAACCACUUGCUAUGCCAGCUGCCAGUCAAAAGUCAGCCACCUCCAGCUGAUGUUCUGGAGGGUGUAUGCCGAGAAGGAGAAGGAGCAACUGGAGCAGACUUUCCAGCUGUAUGCCACCAAGCUGAGUGAGCGAAACCUGAAGUGCUUUUUUGAGAACAAGAAACCAGAGGUUAUUCCCCUGCCAGCUUUUCAGGCAUGGGAAGAUGCUUCCCAGAUCUAUUCUUUCAGCAGUAGCAAACAGCAUUACAGCACAAUUCACAGGCUAGUUGAAGAAGGCGAGAAAGAAAUCAAUGAGGAAAGAGAGACAACACUAGACUUUGUAGACAGAAGGGAAAUACCAUAGAUCACAUAUAUAUUUUCAGCCUUUUUAUAUCUUGCUAAUAUGGCAUACUUCCAGCUGAUUUAAUCUAUAUUUUUUCACAAUGGUCUCUUUCUUCUUGAUCACUUUCCCUCCCAGUUUUAUAUUUAUGUCUUUUUAAAAUUACUUCUGCACAACAGUGAAAAGACUGUAGUCCUCACUGGCACUUAAGGCUCAUGCUCUGCUAAUGUUACCAGCUCCAGAACAAAAGCCAAGAGUAAAAAGGAUUGAAUAGUGACUUGUGGGAGGGUUUAAUCAAUAUCCUAUGUAAAAGGCCUUAUAGCACACUUGUCCUAUGUAAAUCAAAAGACUGUCAUAAAGUAAUACAAUUCAAAAUGUGUGUAUAAAAUAAUAGAAGAUGUGUGGCUUUCUGAUAGUCCCUAGAAAGUAAAGGUAUUCCUUCCAGGGCACUUUCAGGUACAGCAAUUUUUUUUUUUUUUUUUUUUUAUGUGGCACCAAGGCACUUGGUCACUCAAUGCAUCCCAAUGUCUUUGAUCUCCUGUUGCACCUAAAAUACCAUGGAUGGCCUCAUUGUUCAGCUCUGGCCUUCUUGUCCCUGAGAUACCUUUCUGAGACAUGGAGGAGCAACCUCACUUGACAAUGAGGUGCCAGGUAAUUUCUUGGACGAAUCUUACAGUCAAAGUGUUGGGUACCAAGAACUUGAGAUUCCCAAAUAGUUUGACAUUUCUAUGUCUUUGUUAAUAAUAAUAAUAAUAAUAAUAAUAAUAAUAAUAAUAAUAAUGGUAUUUUCAAACAGAACUAGAGUAGCUGCCUAAGCUUUGUUACGAUAAUUAAAAUGCACCAGUGAUAUUUUGUCUCUAGAGACUACUUGGCGUUAUCUUCUCCCACGGAGAACCUGGGAGGCUUCCCAUCGUACUGGUACAAAGCUCCUGCCUGGAGCAUAUUCCAGAUGCUGGCCAUAGAGCUGCCUGGCAUUGCUUGUACCAGGCCUGCAGCCAGCGUACAACAGAGGCCCUGGAAGAAAACUCCACAUUUUAAGACAAGAAAAUAUUUUUGCAGAGGGAUGGUUUUCAUUUUUUUUAGUGUCUUAGGGAAUGUAAACAUGUCUGGAGCGGAGGAGCUGGCAGGCCAGGCAGGUGGGGUGGCAGCACAGCCCCUACUUCUGAUAAAGGCCUCUCGCCUCGCAGCCCUGUGCUUCAGCUCUUGCACAUGGGGUUCACCAUGUGGCUCUCACACAGGUUGCCUGAGCCUUUGCAAACUCUAUGUAAAAGAGGCACAAAGCUUCUGCCAAGUUUCUUUCCCCAGGUUGACUGGGUAGGCUUUUAUGCAGCAUUUUACUGCCAAUCUCCCUGAGUCUGCAAAGAAUCAUAUUUUUGCACAGGUUGAAUCGAGCUCUUAUCAACAAACCAACAUACUUUGCCUGGCUCUUCUCAUACUCUCUUAGCUCCUUCAGAAAAAAAAAAAAAAAAAAAAAAAAAAAAAAAAAAAAAAAGCAGCUAACUAACAACACCACAACUAUCUGCAUUUACAGACCAUUACUUUUUAAAAAUACAAAAUCCAAGAGCUGUUUUCACUAUCUGCUUAGAUUUUUUUUUGUGCGCUUAGAUUUUGUGGUCUUUGAGCAAAUGUUAUAUUUCUUUUUAUCCCGGCUGCCCCACUUUGCAGCAGACUUGGACCGUGUUGUAUGCCUAAAUGUACCUGCUGUACCUGAAAGCAAAGAGGCAACACUGCCAACAUAAAAGUCCCAACAGCAGGCACGUCUGACACCAGUAAGUCAGACCUGCAGGUGGUCAUUCACUUUGCUAAGUUCAUGGUAGCAAAUGGCCAAAGCAUGUGGGAAGCUCUGAGCAUAAUGGACUGUGUGAUUACAACAGACUGGAAGGAUGCUGUUCGUAAAAGCCCAUGUCAUGGAUCUUCUAAUCUCACUCAGAAAAAUGUUUACAACCUAAUCCUUGUUUGUGUAACAACUUCACAUUUCCUUUGAUUUAUUCUCUUUACCUAUUUUCUUCUGACAUUCAUAUAAUCAGUUUUCUACUUGCCAGAAUGUUUAUUAAAAUAAUAAAAUGCAAUUCCCAAAUUAAUUCCCACUAAAAGUGAGAGUGUUUUUCAGUGGUUUCCCAGAGGGAGCUACUACCUGCAGUGCUGGGUAUAUGGCACUGCCAUCUCCACACUGCCUCAUCCAUUUAAACGUGCAUCUCUACAACUCCAUGACUCCCAGGCAGGAACACAAGUGCUUUUGUCUGGUUUCCAGCACAGGUCUUGUACAGAGAAUGUCGACAGUAAGUAGCCAGUCAAUGAAGGAGGAGGCUCUAGGUUCUGCCCAAGCUCCAAGAGCUAUAGUUGUGUUCUGUGGCAAAUUGGCCAAAACACAGAAAGAGGCUCCAGGUUGACCCCAGAGGCUCAGCCAUUUGGAUACAUUUUAUUAAGCAUUGAUGCAGAAGAUGAGAAUGUUUAUCACAUGCAGUUUAAAAGGAAAGACUAACCCCCUUCAAUCCAUGCAGGUUUCUACCCCACACCUACUGAAAGAAAAGCCAGGGCUACUGCUUCACUUCCCUUGCCUUAUCUGUACACCUCCCUCCUCCCUGGUACCACAGAAAACCAAAGCAACUUGGGAUGCAAAAGGGAGGACACUAUGUAGGUUAAAGAGAUCAUCAGUAGGUAUGGGGAACAAGUGGGCUGAUGUAAGGAUGAGGACUUCACUGUCCUGGGACACAAAGGUGAAAGUGUAUGUGGCAGAAGAAGAAAAGGUAGGAGGACUGAAGGGUCCCCCCUCUGGCUUAGGCAACCUUUUCUUCUUCAGGAGAGUGCUCAAAGCUCUGCAUCUGAGUAGUCAGAAACAUAUGAAGUGGGAGUGUUUCCCAGCCUGGCCUUCUUAUUUCCCAUGGAAUGGCAAAACUGAGGUCUACUCUCUUCUUCUCCCCCUUACCUUGCUGCAUGCUCACAGAUGACUGGUGUUGAGAGCACCAGGAGGUGCUGGUUGAAACUACCAGUCCUCCAGCCUGGGCUGCUGGGGGACAGGCUGUACUUACCAGCCCCGUGGCAUGAAACAAAGCUGGCAUUUCUGGCCAGCCAGCAGCAGGGAGCUGUUUCUCCUGUACCCCCUUUUCCCUGUGCCUCACAGCCUGGUCUCUACCUCAAAGAGCAGCUGCUGAAUGCUGACUGCUGCAGUAUGUGCCUCAUAGGCGCCUCAGCCCCUUGCUGAUGCUUGUUCCCAGGGCUGUGUUAUUCUAACUGUGUUGUCUUUCCAAAAUGUCUGUGAUUUAAUGCAAUUGCCAUGCGGUUCCUGGAAUACUUCUAUCAAAACAGACAAAAAUAAAACCCAGCUUGACCCUAUUUUUUCAGCUAGAAUCUGAUUUUGGCAAAUUUAACUCUGUCCCUCAAGCAGCUAUUAUAAAAGCUGUUUUGUAUCAACAUUGUCUCUGAAUUAAAGUUCAGUAGCUACCACAGCAGCUCAUUUUCAACACGAUCCAAAACAAAGUGAUCAAAAAAAAAAGAAAAAAAAAAAAAAGCAGAAUCAACAUUUUAUCUUAGGAAACAUAGAUUUUGCAUUAACUCUGAUGCCGAUCAAAUAUGAGUGAACAAAUAAGCAGGAAAUGUCUGUUCAGUUCUACUCCAUGUUCUUUACCUCAGUUUACUUAUUUCUUCCCCUCAGUGAGAAACCAGUUUUCUCCAUUAAGUACUUUUAACUCUCCUACUACAGUACACAUCUGCCCCUCUAUCAAACUCCAGAUCUUUGUUACGAGACAGUAACUGGUUAAAUGUGCUAGGCCAUCAUGUGCUUUUGA